CCCGUUCCCUCCUUCCCCGCGGACGCCACCUCCCAAUCGCCUUUUUUUUUUUUCCUAGCUGGCUUGUUGCUGGCGGUGUGGAGGGGCUGCAAGUGCCGGCGGAGGCGCGCUGGAGGCUCGGAGGCGGCCGGGCGCCAUCUGCUCGCUGGGUCGCUCUGCAAACUCCUGCUGAGUGUGAGCGCGUGCGGCGGGCGGGGGUCUGCGGGCGGCUUGCCUUCGGACGCGGUCCUCGGGUUCGGUCGGGUCAGCCUCAGGCUCAAAAACUGCUGAGGAAUUAGGCAAACAAAAGAGGCCGCUCCGCCGGUGGGGCAAAGUCGCCCAAACGCCACUAAGCCCUCCGUAGCCCGAGCGGGCUGGAGGCCCCCGGACCGCCAGGGUCGGCGAGUUGGCGGCCUGUUGUGCAAGCCGCAGUCCUUGUUUUCCCGGCCUGGCCGGUUGGGAAGCUGGACACAUCCACCCUUGGACUCGAUUCAGGAAGGAGGCUGCUGCUUUUUUCCUUUGGAUUUUCUGGAAUUUUGGAAACCCAGUGGCCCAGGAGGAGGAGAAGGAGGAAGGAGCAGAUCUGGGGAGGAAUGUGAGAGUCUUCCAAGGCCUGGGGGGCCAGAAGGAGCUGGGAACCACAGCUGCCAGGGUUCUGGAACCGUGAUUUCCGAGUGAUUCUCUUUUGUUUUAUUGAUAGAACCUUGUUCCAGUGGAAAGUGGAAUUUUUGCCCUCUCACUUCACCAAGGCACUUGACUUUUCUCCUGGGAGUGGAAGGAGGGAGAAAUUCCCCUGCAGGGCCUGCCAAGAGUGGUGAAGAAGACUAUGGAUAUGAGGCUCCCCUGCCCCCAGGCAGGUGCUGGGAGUUGUGAUAGGGAAGUUUUGGAGCCAUGGGCACAACUUUGAAGAGAGGGCUGGGUGCUGGGACCUGCAUUAGGGGCGGAGAGACAGCUGCUGGGCCGGCCUUUGUUUGCUAGUGCGUUCUUGGACAUCCUAGUUCUGGGCAGGACCCUUUCCUCAUCUUUCUCUACCACUGGCCCAGCCAUGGCACUAAAAGGCCGAGCCCUCUAUGACUUCCACAGUGAGAACAAAGAGGAAAUCAAUAUCCAGCAGGGUGAGGAUUUGGUCAUCUUCAGUGAGACCUCACUGGAUGGUUGGCUGCAGGGCCAGAACAGCCUUGGUGAGACAGGGCUCUUCCCCGCCUCUUAUGUGGAGAUCAUUAGCUCUGGCACCAGCUUCAACCAGGCUGACUACUCCGGCAGCUCUGCAGGCUCUCCAGGCACCCAGGUGAGCUUGUAUGACAGCUCCAGGGUGGCCAACCUUGGGAGCGGUGGGGGCAGUGGCUUCCUCUCAAACCAGGGCAGCUUCGAGGAGGAGGAUGAUGAUGACUGGGACGACUGGGACGAUGGAUGCACAGUGGUUGAGGAACCACGGACUGGUGGGAUGGGCACCAAUGGGUAUUCGCCACUCAACCUCUCCUACCCUGGUGCCUACCCCAACCAGCACCUGGCCUUCCAACCCAAGCCACUCCUGGAGCGGCAGGACAGCCUGGCAUCUGCUAAGCGAGGCAGUGUGGUGGGGCGCAACCUCAACCGUUUCUCAUGCUUUGUGCGCUCUGGAGUGGAGGCCUUCAUCUUGGGUGAUGUGCCCAUGAUGGCCAAGAUUGCUGAGACAUACUCCAUUGAAAUGGGCCCUCGUGGCCCCCAGUGGAAGGCCAACCCCCACCCAUUUGCCUGCUCUGUGGAAGACCCCACCAAACAGACCAAAUUCAAGGGCAUCAAAAGUUACAUCUCCUACAAGCUCACGCCCACCCAUGCUGGCUCCCCUGUCUACCGGCGGUAUAAGCACUUUGACUGGCUCUAUAACCGCCUGCUUCACAAAUUCACUGUCAUCUCUGUGCCCCACCUGCCAGAGAAGCAGGCCACAGGUCGCUUUGAGGAGGAUUUUAUUGAGAAGCGGAAGCGGCGGCUCAUCCUCUGGAUGGACCACAUGACCAGCCACCCUGUGCUGUCCCAGUAUGAGGGCUUCCAGCAUUUCCUUAGCUGCUUGGAUGACAAGCAGUGGAAGAUGGGCAAACGCCGGGCGGAGAAGGAUGAGAUGGUUGGUGCCAGCUUCCUCCUCACCUUCCAGAUCCCCACAGAGCACCAGGACCUGCAGGACGUGGAGGACCGUGUGGACACUUUCAAGGCCUUCAGCAAGAAGAUGGAUGACAGUGUCCUGCAGCUCAGCACUGUAGCGUUGGAGCUGGUACGCAAGCAUGUGGGAGGCUUCCGCAAAGAAUUCCAAAAGCUGGGCAAUGCCUUUCAAGCCAUCAGUCAUGCCUUUCAGAUGGACCCCCCCUUUAGUUCCGAGGCCCUCAACAGCGCCAUUUCUCACACGGGCCGUACUUAUGAAACUGUUGGUGAGAUGUUCGCUGAGCAGCCCAAGAAUGACCUCUUCCAGGUGCUCGACAUGCUAUCUCUCUACCAGGGUUUGCUCUCCAACUUUCCUGACAUCAUUCACCUGCAGAAAGGCGCUUUUGCCAAGGUAAAGGAGAGCCAACGCAUGAGUGACGAGGGCCGCAUGGCACAGGACGAAGCAGAUGGCAUUCGCAGGCGCUGCCGCGUGGUGGGCUUCGCCCUGCAGGCUGAGAUGAACCACUUCCACCAGCGCCGCGAGCUCGACUUUAAGCACAUGAUGCAGAGUUACCUGCGCCAGCAGAUCCUCUUCUACCAGCGCGUAGGCCAGCAGCUGGAGAAGACGCUGCGCAUGUACGACAACCUCUGACCUGAGUACCGGGCCCCACCCCACCGUCAGCCUGGUCACUGCAGUGUACUUUGGUUUCCAGACUUCCUGCACCAGCAGCAGCUGGGGGUGGGCUGUGGAAGAGUCAUGGGUAACCCGGGGGAAGUUCUCCAUCCCUUAGAAGUGGGCACAGCAAGGAUGAGAAUGGGACCAGAAACCCUCCAAACUGAGGCCUGGGCUGCUGGUCAGUCACUCAAGGCUACGCCAGAGUCUUAGCUAACUGUAGAGCCUCUAGUCUCUGUGCACCUGGCCACCAUCCCCUCAUUCUGGGCCCUGCUGUGGUUCUGGGUCAAAUGUUGGAUACCCAGAGCUGUGACACACCUGCCCUCAGGGUGUCCCCAGUCAAAGUGGGAAUCAAUCACGAAAACAGAUUUGGUGGGGGGACCGGUAACACAGAAUGUCUCAUGGUAAAUAAGGGGUUCCUGGAAGCUCACAGAGGGGUUCACUCAUUCUGCAGGUCAGGGAAGACUCCACAGUGUAGGUGACAUUCGAGUGGUGUCUUGAAGAAUGACAAGGACCUGCCAGGUAGUAGGUGAGGACAGUAGAUGGGGAGGACAUUUGGAAGAGAGGAGCAGCAUGGGCAGAGGUAUAGAGGCAUGAAAACACCCUCAUCUCUCCCUCACCUUUCCCAAGCAAGUUUGCUACCUUACUUUGGUGGGGAGGGAGCUUCCUUGUCCCUUUGUCCCUGUCCCUGCCUCUGCCCCACCCUUACCCCCUGCAGGAGGACCUGCAGGCCAACAUCCUCCUGACUCCCUUUUACCUGCUAAGCCCCUAACAUCCCUUGGUUAGGGGACCACACAGCAUCUUUUCCCUGGGUUCAAGGUGUUAAGAAAAGUCAUAAACCCCAGGGCCCUGGUGUUAUCUUCCUGGAGGGCACACCCAAAAGGCACCAGAUAUUUGAGUUCACAGCAAUAGUUCCUCACACUCCAGCAGGCUCAGACCUCGGGUUUCUAGGGUCCUUGGUCCUAUGAAUCCCUGAAUUCUUCUGGUGCACAGUGGGAAACCCAGGGG